AUGUCGGGGGAAGAAAGGGGGAGUCGAGACGAAACCCUCGGGAAACUGGGCUACACGUUGGGCGAGACGCUGGGUCGAGGGGCCUUCGGGCUCGUCAGGGUCGCCUGGUACGACAACGGCAGGAACAGGGUGAAGCUCGCCUGCAAGAUCACCGAUGCCGAUAGGUGCUCGGAACGGUUCAUGAGGAAGUUCUUCCCUAGGGAACUGGAAUGUUGUUGCUACAUGCGACACCCGAACGUGGUGCGAACACAUAGUGUCCUUCGAAGGCGGAACGAGAUCUUCGUCUUCAUGCAGUUCGUCCCGAAUGGGAACUGUCUUGCUUACCUCGCCAAAAAUGGAAAGCUUUCUGAGUACAAGGCGCAUUAUUGGUUUCGUCAGGUCAUCUCGGGGCUUCAAUACAUGCACGACAAGCGCUGGGUUCACAGAGACAUGAAAGUUGACAACAUCUUGUUGACCAAGAGUUGGAACUGCAAGCUGGCAGAUUUUGGUUUCGCCAGGACUUUAGAAAGUGAAACUCAGAGCGAAACCUACUGCGGUUCUCCCGCCUACAGUCACCCGCGGAUCCUUGCCCGGAAGCCCUACGACCCUGCCCUGGCCGACGUCUGGUCCUGCGGCGUCAUCCUCUUCGUCUUCCUCGAGGGAUCCCUGCCCUUCAGAGGUCGCGGGAACGCAAGGGUCCUCCACAGGAAGAUGAUGAAUCGGGACUACGAGCACAAGGCCGACGUCACGGAUUCGGUCAAGGACCUCAUCUCGAAGCUCCUCCAACCGGUGCACGAGAAGCAGCUGGACCUGAACGGCUGCAUUCGGCACCCAUGGAUGUCCUCCGAGAACUAUCGAAGCCUGUGCAAGCGCGAGGGCUUUCACGACUCGGACGCGAUUCCUCCGAUGCCUCGAUUUGAUGUUCCUCGAUUGAAGGAAUCUCGAGAUGUGGCUAAGGUCGCUUCUAAUUUAAGGCCGUCCACCGGAUCUGCACAUCCUACUUCUGCAUAUCGUGUCUCUGCACAUCCUGUUCCUCAAUAA